AUUGAUGAUGAUGCUGAAAAAAUUGGGGAUCCCAUUUGUAAAAAUAGAUGAUCCAUGAACUGGCUGAAGCAUAUGGAAUUAGGAAUUUACAAACUCUUGUAUUUUUUGAAAACCAAGUUCCAAACUUUUAUAAAGGUAAUUUAACAGAGGAAGCUGUACUCGAAUGGUUAAAAGAAUUGCAGGCUUCAGAUGAGAUAGAAACUGUAUCAGAUCAAGUUGUUGAAUUGGUGAUUGACAAAUGUGAUUAUCUCGCAGUUUUGUUUUGCGACUUAAAAAAUGAAGAAUCAGUCCUUGAAUGGCUUAUAGAUGAUGAUAAUCAUGAAUUGCCUGAUGAAAUUGAGACAGUUAACCUGAGAAUGUUGAAUAAACUGGUAGAAGAGUCACCAUUUUUAGCUGUUUAUUUCUAUAAAACUGACUGCCAUGAAUGUGAAAGGGUUCUGAUGGAACUUGAAAAUAUUGAUGAUGAAUGUGAUAUCCUUGGUAUUGAUCUCGUUAAGAUUUUUGAUCCUGAAGCAGCAAAGCAGUACAAUGUUGAAAAUCUUCCUGCUGUAGCCUUUUUCAGCAAACAAGUAGCUGUGUUCUAUGAUGGAGAUUUGUAUGAUGAAGAAGCUCUCCUUAAGUGGCUAACAAGCAAUGAUGUGUUUGAAAUUCAAGAUGAAAUUGAAGAAGUUAAUAGAAAGAUGCUGGAGAAGCUUUUAGAGGACAAUGAGUUUGUUGCAGUGUUCUUUUAUGAAAACAAUUGUCCAAAAUGUGAUGAAGUUCUACAAGAACUUAAACGCAUUGAUGAUGAAGCAGAUGAUCUCGAAAUAAUGUUUGUGAAAAUUAAAGAUCCUCGUUAUGCUAAAAAGUAUGGAAUUGCACAACUUCCAGCUCUUGUCUAUUUUAGAAAGAAAUUCCCUUCAAUAUAUAGAAGGAAUCUGCUUGAAGAAGAGGAAGUUCUAGAAUGGUUAAGGAAAAAUCGUUAUCGCCAUCCAGAGCUUAAUCUGUUUAUGUACGGUCUUAGCAGCUAUUAGUUUAAGUUUUGUUAUAUACACAAUAUUUUUAAUUUAUUGUUUUAAUAAAAGUAAGGACAAGAAAGAAUAAUUUAUUUUCAAAUAUGGAAGUAUUACAGAAUAUUUUGCUGUGUCUCAAGAAAAUAAGUGAAAUGGACUCAAAGAGAGGGGAAAAAAAAAAAAAAAAAAAAAAAAAAAAAACCCUUCCAACUUCUUGUUUUGUUUUUGUUUUAGCAAAAGAGGAUAACUUUUGUUUUAUGCUUAGAACAUUACCCAGCUUAACUCACUAUGUUUAUUACUGUUGCUUGUCUGUCCACAAUAUGAAGUAUAUAAUUAUUUAAGUUACUGAAAAUUCUGUAUAAAAUUUGUAAACUUUAUUUAUGCAUAUCCAGUAUCACUUGAUGUUUUUUAUUUAGGCAAGUUAUUAAAAGCAUAAACAUGGAGUGUAUUUUGCUUUGAAAGUAUUUUAUUUAAGUCAAAAUAUACAAAAUUUUUGUACAGUUUGUUUCACUAUUCCAUAUCUUUUUUUCUGUAUGCAGUUAUUUUUUUCUAUUUUUAUCUGAAUUUAAGAAAAGAGCUAAAAAAUUUUUGCAUCAGUUUGAAAGCACUUUGUAGCCCUGAAAUUAUGCCAGUACUUUAAAAUGUAAAAAAAAAAAAAAAAAAAAAAAAGAAAAAGAAAAAGAAAAGAAAAGUAUUCUAUAACUUUAUAAACCUAUUUUUAUCAUUAUUUUUGCUUAUAACUUGCAUGCUUUUAUCCCACAAAAUUUUCAAUUUUAUAUUAAGGACAAUUAUUUCUCUCAGAUCGACAACAGAACUACAGCAUCAUAACAGUGUUGCUGAAAAUAUUUGCUCAAAAUUAAAGUGUAGCAUUUAUGUGUUUUCUGUGUUUGCAUAUAUAUGUGUUGUGAUUUGCAUUUCUUUGAAGAGCUUGUAAUCGAAACAGUUAUAUUCUUCACAACAUUGUAUGAGCAAUGUUCUUGUCCAUAAAGAGGUAUAUGUGCUGUUUUAUUACCAAUCAUUUUUGUUAGACUUGAUUUAAAAUAUUAGUUAUUUAAUUUAUUAUUUAAUUCUAAUUCUGUGUAAUAAUAAGUAAGUAUGCUAAAAGAACGUAUUGUAAACAUAUUUCUGUUAUUAAAAAUUAUAUUUGUCUAAGUCUAUAUGUUGCGUAUAAUUAUAUUGUGAAGUAAUCUGUUAAAAUAGUUUCAGAUCUGUGUUAAUGAUUCAUUAUAGCUUCUAUGUACACUGUUCAGUAUUUAUGUGCUGAAUUAGUCAGUGCUACUGUUUUGUGAUUUCUAACUGCCCAUCACUCUUGCAUUUGAUCAUACUAAAGUAACAUGUUAGUGCUUUCAAAGCGCUUUUGCUCAUCAGUAUCAGAGAAAUUAAUAUGAAGAAAACUUGAUCAAUCAUAUUAACCAUAAUACAUUAAAAAAUUAAAAGCCCUGGCUUGAGUUAUGAAGUUAUAAAAGACUCAUUUUAUCUUUCACAGCCCAAAAGCUGCCAAUACAUAUGGUCUAACUUUCAUCAACUAGCUUGUGAUUUAUCAAGGUGCAUCAUCGUUUUGUGCUUGUCAGCUGUAUGUUGCUGUAGGAUUGUUGUCAAUAAAUUGUUAAAUUUAACAGUAAAUGAAAUGAAAUGAAAUGUAUGCAUCUCAUCUGCUAAUGUCAUUUCAUUGUUUUGUGUUCAUGUUCCAGUAUUUGUACAUUGCUGUUUCCAUAACUUUUAUGUUAAUAAAAUAUGCACUUGAUAUCAA